AUGCAGCGUUUCGUGUUACGUUGGACCAUCAAACGCGGAUUUGCUACAACCGCUAUGAAGGAAGAUCCCCCUCUCACUGAGGAGCGAUAUAGAAUACAACGUGGAAAUUACAACCAGUUGUCUAUGGAGCACACAAAUCGCUUCCAGCAAUUAUUGGGGGGCGACAAGGCGCGCGUGUUAACGGAUCCGUAUGACGUGCACCCUCACAAUGUGGACUGGCUCAAUAGUAUGCGGGGGCGUAGCAGUGUUGUAUUACAACCAAAAAGCACACAAGAAGUAUCUGCCCUGUUGAAGUAUUGCAACGAGCAACGUCUUGCAGUUUGUCCACAAGGAGGUAACACUGGUCUAGUUGGAGGCUCAACUCCAGUGUUUGAUGAGGUCGUCAUUAGCACUUCGCUAAUGAACAAAAUAAUUAGCAUUGAUUCAGCAGCAG